CACACUAGCAUGCACAUAGUUGUAAGUGCAAGAUGCAGGCAAAUGUGGUGGAUAUUAUGAGCAGAGGUGUUCUUGACAUGUUUCGUGGUUCAUUAACUUACGAGUCAUGGAGUAGUGGUGGACUUUGAACCUAAGGGGACCGAGAGGCUGGAUAAGAAGAGAAGAGAAGAGAAGAGAAGAGAAGAGAAGAGAACAGAAGAGAAGAGAAGAGAAGAGAACAGAAGAGAACAGAAGAGAAGACUGUGACAGGAAAGAGAAUGGGAUAGAAAAAGCAGCAUUCAAGUCGUAUUAGCAGCUGGAAAUGGGCAGAGAGCGACUCACCAGAGGUUUGCUGCUGCGUUUAGGUGCCCUGCUCACAGCUGUGUGCGUGUGCAUUCAUGUUUACCUGGAGACAGGUUGGCGUGGAGCACCUGCACCCCUCGCACUGGGACAUCCCACCCUGCCUAGUCAGAACUUGGGCCAACAAAUAAGAACUAAACAGGUCUCUGCAGAGGCGCAGAAGCAGGACAAGAGCAUCAAAAGGAGAAUCUCAUACGUCCGAACACCUAAAAAGGACAAAAAGAAGGAUGAAGAGGACCCCUCAGAGCCAUGCUGCCCACCUGCACACCCACACAGAAAGGCUCCUCGAUGGCAUAUAGACCUGGAGCCCUGGGCCAGUGAGAGUCACUCUCUGGAGGAUGAAGCGAAAAGGUUCCUUCACUACAUCACAACACCACAAGUGUCAUGUGCAUCACUAGUUGGUGAGGGAUCUGGAGCCAAAGGAGACUGGGCUGCAUGUCUGGACCCAAAAUACAGCCUGACCCACAGGAUUCACACUAAACACUGCAGGGUUUACUCCUUCGGGUUGGGUGUGGAUGAUCGCUCCCUGGAGCAUUAUCUGGCGAAGGCAGGAUGUGAGGUCCACUGCUUUGACCCCAGUCUGAAGCAGCCUCACCUGCAGCAGGACGAAAUGUGGCUCCAUCGCCUCUCCGUAGACUGGAGGGAUCCUAAUCCGGCCUUUGUCGCCCAGCGCCAGUACGUCACCACAAAGAAACUGGCCACCAUCUUGAAUGACUUUGGACACAGACAGGUGGAUGUACUGAAAGCAGACAUGGAGAGCGCAGAGUGGAAGAUUUUGGAGAACCUGCUCCUGGAAGGAGUUCUGGACUCCGUCGGUCAACUGUUGUUGGAGCUUCACCUUCACUGGGCAGGCUUCGAGGUGGGUGGCGAUGACCCAUCCGUAGUGAGGUACUGGUUCAGCCUGCUAAAGGAGCUCGAGCGUGGCAACUUCCGCCUCUUUCACGUGCACAGCGACCCCGCCAAGCCUCACCUCUUCCUGCAUAAGAAUAUUUUCAACGCCAGCAGUGCUUACACCCUGAGCUGGGUGAAUACACAGUGGAGGCCUUGAGGAAUGCCAGAUUGGUAGAAAUUCCUUGAAGCUUAGAUGAGCUUGGGUAUGGAGCAAGCUGAAAUUAACAGUGAUGACUCUUAUCACCUAAAAAUAAAGCAAGACCAUCAGCAAUAAUUUGACUUUUUCAGCAAAGUGAUUAUUAAUACCUUUAUGUUCUGCCACCAGGUAGAUGUCAGACCCAUGGCCUAUUUUACAAUGAAUGUUCUUAAUCAAUUAUGCAUUUGAAAGCAGGAUGUGAAAAACAUAAAAAGACAAACUCAGCAAACAUGCAAAGUACCACUUUUUCCACAGGGGCUUCCAAAGGGACAAAGCGAAAGUCCUUCACAGGAAUGUAACUUUUCUGCAACGUGAAAGUCUAAGUCUGGCACAUACACCUUCAGGGACUGCUCUUAUCUCACCUGACCUUUCUGCAAAGCUGAAAUCCUUGCUCCUGCUUAAUCCUCCACUGGUCUGUAAUGACCUCAUAGGUGUAGACGGGUGGAGUAAUUGCCUCCAGGGACUUUCUGUGUUCUACCUCAUAAUGGCAGUGUUUGUUGGCUGCAGGUCAGCCUCCUUACAGCUCCUGUCUUCGUGGUCCAACCAGAGCUCAGCCUACAGCCAAACAACCUUUACAGAAGAUAACCAGACCACAGCCUGCUCAACAGAACAUGAAUUAAUGGAAGCAAAUGUAUGAUGCAAAAGGGGGUGGGGAUGUAAGUGAUCCUGGUGCAUGCACAUUAUAUUUAUGGGAAUCCUGUGAACAAGCCUACAUAGAGAAGAAGCAGAGAAAGGUGGGUAAUCAUUUGAUCUGCUCCAGUGAAGGAAUAUGAAGACUUUGCUUUCCCGCAGUUCCACCUUUAUGUGACUGUACUUAAAGUAAAAAACUAUAAUUGUUUGAAAAACAUGAACUGUGCUGUCAGUCAUGUCACUGUUCAGUGCGUUGGUUGGAUAUUUGAAUGAGGACAUGUGGGCGAGUGUACUAAAGGAGAAGAAAGAUGAAGUUUAUUUGUAAUUCUUGAAUGCUGCAGGGAAAUAAAAGAAAACUAUUGAGAAUCAUACAAAGAAGCAUUUCACAUGACUGUCAGUUUUGUGCCCGUCUUCAGCUGAACUUACUCCAUUGUAUCAGCUACUGUGAUAGAACUUUAUCAAGAAAAAUAAACUGAAGACCUAAAACUGCAAUGAAUAACUUAAAAAAAAUUGUUUGUCAACUUUUUAAACACUUUUUAAAUACUACUUGUUUAAGAUAUCAGUUAGAGUCCAUAAUUUUAAUGAUUGAUAGUACAGAGAAGUGCCGUAACUUUGAGAAACUACAUCUUUUGUCAUAAGACGGGUGGGUAGAAGAUUUAAUCAAUCAAAAAUACCAGAUAAACUCCUUCAUUUUUUUCAUACUUAACAAAAACAUCAGCUACAUUUCAGUAAGGAUACAUGGCCAGUAGUGGUGGAUGCUAAACCAGUACCAAUACCAUUACUGGUAUAAUUCCUGCCACAAAAUGGAUCUAUGAAUUGUGUUGUAGUGCAUACAUGAGGCAUCACUGAUGCCCCUGAUAGCUUAGCAGAGUGAUAUGUGACAGACAGCAGCUCAGUCAGAGUCCUGCCAUCAACGUUUGGCUCUGACUCUAAAGAGCAGCCAGCCAGACAGGCCAAACAUCGCAGUUUAUGUCAGUGUUGCUAACCUGAAGCUCAGGAAUGGUGUAAAACAGUUUUUUACUCCCCAAGUUUGACGUGUGUAAUAACAAUACAGCAAGUGCACUCACUUUGAAAAGUGUCUCCGUCAUCCUGUCCGGGGCUUUAACCGGGCCUUUCCAUAGAGUUGGCUGGGCUUUGACAAACCCAGAGAAUGGGGCCUCCCCAGCUGUGAUUUAUUGAUAUCAAUGCAUGUGUUGGAUCAGUAGCAUUGGUGCUAGCAUCCUAGUUAACAGUUCCAUUAUUUUGGAGGUGAUAAGGGGGUUAAGCUAUUACUUGGGUCUGAUCUCGUAAUUAUUUAUUCUUGCCUUUUUUUAACUCCUUUACACCACUGUUUCCGCUCAUUUUUUGCCACUUUCUUUCUAAUUUCAGCCCAUUUUGCCACUUUUUACUGUCUUGCCUUUUUACAACUUUAUCUUGCAUUAUUUGUACCUCUUUGAUACUUUUAACCAAUUUGGCCACUUUUUUUUUUUUGCCUCUUUAACCCAUUCCUUCCACUUUAAGACAAUUUUGUCUAACUAAUUUUUGUCUCUUUUUAACUUGUUUUUACUACCUUUAACUGGAAAUUCAACUUUUUGCUACCUUUUAACUGCUUUUCACCACUUUUUUCCCACAAUUUUUGCAUAAGGCAACACAAUUUCUUAGCCUCUUUUAAACUCCUUCUCACCACUUUCAACCCAUUUUUGCCAUUUUUGACCAUUUUCACCACUUUUAACCUAUUUAUGCCACUUUUUAACCCAUUUUUACCAAUUUUGCAUUUAUAUAAUUAUUUUCCAUUUUAAGUUGUCUCAGUUCUUCCUACUUUAUUUUCUGACAUCCUUACAUGUCUGCACUAAAUAAAAAAGGUUGUGUUUGGACCAAUCCAAGACCUUGUGACUAUUUGUGUUUUGUUUUGUUUUUUUGUAAAGGUUUUUGUUUUCCUUUUUAACUUUACUGUACCUGCAAUUUUGUUCUAUCUAAAAACUAAAAAUAAAAGUUAAAAAAAAAAAUUGGUUAUGACAGAUUAACUUUACAAUGGAACCCUUCCAUUUGGCCCAGAAAGCUCUCCCCUUUACUACACUCCCACCCCCCACCCCCGCCUCGUAAUCCCCCAGAUUGCCCAGCUUGUGUGGUCAAUGUAUUUAUGAAAUGAGACAGUGUGAGGGAGUUCAUCUGCAUUUUUUUGACAAUUAAAACAAGACACCAUCCAACACUGGGUACCUAGGACACAUUUUCCUUACUGUGGUGUCAGAACAGAUAUCAUAUGGAAGAAUAACAUUUCAAAGAUGGACUUUGUCAAAUAUUUUCA